UUAUGUAGGGCAGCCGGGAAAGUAGUAAACAAGCAAAAAACAAUGGCCAAAGCAGUGUUUACAAAUCAAAUUACUGAUUACAUUAUUGAAAAUGUUCAGGCUGCCGAGUUUAUGUGGAAUCACGCAAGUCCGCUAUAUAAAUUGAAAAGUAUGAAAAGUGAUUUUUGGAUGAAGCUAACGAAGGAAAUCAACGCCAAAUUCCACCCAACCGUACAGCUAAGUCAAGGUGACAUAUCUCGAAAAUGGAACAAUCUCAAAUCCUAUUAUACGUUUGAAAGUCAAAAAGUCAUGAAAGCUAAACAAUGUGAAUUUGCACCUGAAACAUUUGAAGUUGAUUGGAAAAAUAAGUCCAAAAUGGAUUUCCUAGCGAAGACAUUAUCGCCACAAAUCGCGCCAAGCAAGAGAAUCAGAAGAGAAAGUACUACUAAACAAGACGCUGCGGAUGAUGAAUACUUCAAUAAUAGCAAUUUUGAGUCACAAGAUGAAUCCUGGUCAGGUGAUACUGGAACCCAGUCGUCAUUUCAAGUGCCAGAGCUUGCCAUUGAUGUAGAGGAAGAAAAAUACAGUGAAACUUUAAAAAGAACAGAGAGUACCCAGAAAAUGGAGGAUCGACAUACAGCCAGUCUAGACAAUGCACAUUCCUCAUCUCAUCUACCAGUUUUUACGUCCGAUGAAGAAGAACAAAAAUCCAAUACUAAUACCUACAAGCGACAUCGGGAAACAACAGACAGACUGGCAACGAUGGUGGCAAAUCUUAUAGAGCAUCAAAAUACUUUGUUCACACAGCAUCCAAUUCAGCAAUCGUCCCUGCAACAUCCUGAAAUGUACGCAUUCUGGGAUAGCAUAAUCAAAGACAUACCUCCGGAAGCAUUGCCGGAAAUCAAAUUUGAAGUAACGGCAGUAUUACACUCAAUUUAUAAAAAAUAUAAAAACUAAUUAGUUGAUAAAAUUAGCAACAAGUAAAAUAGGCAGCCUGUUAUCUAUAUAUGUAUGUAUAUAAUUCGAGUCUUCCUUAUUGGUAUCUGCUUUAAAUACGUUCGAAUGGUCAUAUAUCAGAAACAAAUUAAAAAUUGCAACAUAAGUGCACCUAACGAAAAUACCAAAAUGAAAAAGCGUUUAUUUUUUUCGGUAUUUAUAUAAAACGCAAGACAGCUCACAAUCAGCUGUUUUUUGUUUAUAUUUGCUUGGCGUGAAUUGUCGUUUAUUGGCUGUGGAUAAAUAUAAUUAUAAAUAAUAAAUAUAAACAAAUGAAAAACUCAGCAUGAAUUUACUAGAUUUGGAUGAUGAUUCCCUAAGUUAUUUAUUACAUCAUUUGCCCAUAGAGGAUCAUAUGAACUUUGCCAAAGUUUGUCAACGAUUCCAUCGCAUUUGGAAGGACUACAAAUGUUGGAUUUACAAGCGAAUGGAACUGGGAAGUACAUCAGACAAGGGCUUCAAACAAGAGUUGAUUUUACUGCACCAUACAGCAGAUCAUGUGAAGAAUUUAAUUGUGAAUCUAAAUAGAAAAUUCGAAUGGAAUAAAAUAUGCAUGGCAAAAUUUCUGAAUAUGCUGAAGAGAAUGCAUACUCUGGAGCGUCUUAUACUGUGGUUAAAAGACGACGAGCCUUAUGAAGUACUCGAGACUAUAAUUCGCACCCUUGAACACCUGCCGAACAUAAAGUGCAUUGCAACCUAUCAAGACAAUGAAGUUGUGGAUAUUUUGUAUCAGUUUGAUGAUUAUGAGGAUUUCCUGAAAGAAUCCAAAAUGAGUAGAAAUCCAAUGAUUGAACCUAUCUAUUCCCAUACCAAAAUACGCCUUUUGGUAUUAAACAACGCCCCCAUUAAAGAAACACUUGCCGAUCUCGCCCAGCACUCAAAACGCAUCAAGGAACUUAGUUUUCGGAUGACACAAAACGCUGAAGAAUAUUCUCCACUCGCUGAGUUGCCAAAUCUACGUGUGCUACAGAUCUUUGGGCAUUAUGGUGAAGAUUGCCCGGACUUAAUGCCUCUAGUUUCCGCUCUGUCCGCAAAGCUGUUACACCAACUAUCAUCACUGACGAUUCAUGUGCCUGGCCUGGGAUACGAUGAGACUGCAGAAAUUAUACGCAUCGAGGGGUUACAAAGAUUGGACUGCCAUUUUAGCGAGCUUCGCUGCCUUGAAUUGUUGAAGCAUCUUAAAGUUAUUGCAUAUCUUUUUAUUAGAGUAGCUCAUACCGAAAAUAUUGACAAUCUAGUCUUGGCAAUUAUUGAAAAUUGUCCAACGCUACAUGUUAUACAAAUUGAUUCGCCCAAUUUAAGCCGCAGCAUUAUUCCAAAGGCAUUGAAAGUUCUGCAAAAGCUGCGAAAUUCAAAGGAUCAAAGCCCACUGAGACUAAUGUUCGGGAAAAACCCAGUACAACUUGAUGCAGACACGAGAGAGUACUUGAGAGUUUUCUGGUAAACACAAUACGUUUGACAUUUCGCCAAUGCUGUGAAUAUUUAAAUUAUAAGUUUGUUGAAUAAAGUGUGUUAACAUUUUUUUUAAAAUCUCUUUCAAAUUUUUUUAGACUUUCUAAAAAUAGCUAUUUAAUAUUUACUCGUUUCUUUGCGAACAAAACACUUUGUAAAUGUCAGCAUCUGGGAAAGCUGUAUCAAGUUUAGAAUCAAGUUUAUCAGCAAUUAAAAAAAUUUAUAAAGAAUAUCUAAAUCUAAUAACCAGCUAGAUAAGUACACACAAGUGACGCAUUCAUUUAAUUUAUUAAACGAAAAAAACAUUUUUAGUAUCAUUCUAUAAUAAAUACAUUUUGUUGAGUAAA